GGACACCGGGACUCUGGGCGGGGAGGACCGGACGGGGGUGCACGCUGGAGGAGGUGGCCCCCGCCUGCUGGAGCCUGACCUCAGUGGGAUUGGGAAGGAUCUUCUGCCUUUCGCGUGGAGGUGUUGGGGGACCCUAAGGAUGUCUGAUGAAUGAAAUGACCCGAUGGAACUUUGAAGGCUGAUUCACCAGGAAGAAGGGAAUCCUGGGAUCUUCAAUGGCAGGAGAAAGAGCAACCAGAAGACCGAGAUGAAUUUUAACACUAUCCUAGAAGAGAUUCUUAUUAAGAGAUCCCAGCAGAAAAAGAAGACAUCACCGUUAAACUACAAAGAGAGACUUUUUGUGCUCACCAAAUCUGUGUUAACCUACUAUGAGGGUCGAGCAGAGAAAAAAUACAGAAAGGGAUUCAUCGAUGUUUCGAAAAUCAAGUGUGUGGAAAUAGUGAAGAAUGAUGAUGGUGUCAUUCCCUGUCAAAAUAAAUAUCCAUUCCAGGUUGUUCAUGAUGCUAACACACUUUAUAUUUUUGCACCUAGUCCACAAAGCAGGGACCGAUGGGUGAAGAAGUUAAAAGAAGAAAUAAAGAACAACAAUAAUAUUAUGAUUAAGUAUCAUCCUAAAUUUUGGACAGACGGAAGUUACCAGUGUUGUAGACAAACAGAAAAACUAGCGCCGGGAUGUGAAAAAUACAAUCUUUUUGAGAGUAGUAUAAGAAAAGCACUGCCCCCAGCACCAGAAACAAAGAAGAGAAGGCCUCCUCCACCAAUUCCCCCAGAGGAAGAAAAUACUGAAGAAAUAGUUGUAGCGAUGUAUGACUUCCAAGCAACAGAAGCACAUGACCUCAGGUUGGAGAGAGGCCAAGAGUAUAUCAUACUGGAGAAGAAUGACAUCCAUUGGUGGAGAGCAAGGGAUAAGUAUGGGAGUGAAGGAUAUAUCCCAAGUAAUUAUGUCACUGGAAAGAAAUCAAACAACUUAGAUCAAUAUGAAUGGUAUUGCAGAAAUACCAACAGAAGCAAAGCCGAACAGCUCCUCAGAACGGAAGAUAAAGAAGGUGGUUUUAUGGUGAGAGACUCCAGUCAACCCGGCUUAUACACAGUCUCCCUUUACACAAAGUUUGGGGGAGAAGGUUCAUCAGGUUUCAGGCAUUAUCACAUAAAGGAAACAGCAACAUCUCCGAAGAAGUACUAUCUAUCGGAAAAGCAUGCUUUCGGGUCAAUCCCUGAGAUCAUUGAAUACCAUAAGCACAAUGCAGCAGGACUUGUCACCAGGCUGCGGUACCCAGUCAGUACGAAGGGGAAGAACGCACCGACUACGGCAGGCUUCAGCUAUGAGAAGUGGGAGAUCAACCCCUCAGAGCUGACCUUUAUGAGGGAGCUGGGGAGUGGACUGUUUGGAGUGGUGAGGCUGGGCAAGUGGCGAGCCCAGUACAAAGUAGCCAUCAAAGCUAUUCGGGAAGGUGCCAUGUGUGAGGAGGAUUUUAUAGAGGAAGCAAAAGUCAUGAUGAAGCUAACACACCCCAAGUUGGUCCAACUCUAUGGCGUGUGUACCCAGCAGAAACCUAUCUACAUCGUUACCGAGUUCAUGGAACGGGGCUGCCUUCUGAAUUUCCUCCGACAGAGACAAGGCCAUUUCAGUAGAGAUGUGCUGCUGAGCAUGUGUCAGGAUGUAUGUGAAGGGAUGGAGUACCUGGAGAGAAACAGCUUCAUCCACAGAGACCUGGCUGCCAGAAAUUGUCUAGUGAAUGAAGCAGGAGUUGUGAAAGUAUCUGAUUUUGGAAUGGCCAGGUAUGUUCUGGAUGAUCAGUACACCAGCUCCUCUGGUGCCAAGUUCCCGGUGAAGUGGUGUCCCCCGGAAGUGUUUAAUUACAGUCGCUUCAGCAGCAAGUCGGAUGUCUGGUCAUUUGGUGUUCUAAUGUGGGAAGUAUUCACAGAAGGCAGGAUGCCCUUUGAGAAGAACACCAAUUACGAAGUGGUAACCAUGGUUACUCGAGGCCACCGACUCCACCGGCCGAAGUUGGCAUCCAAAUAUUUGUAUGAGGUGAUGCUGAGGUGUUGGCAGGAGAAACCAGAGGGGAGGCCUUCUUUCGAAGAUUUGCUGCGUACGAUAGAUGAACUAGUUGAAUGUGAAGAAACUUUUGGGAGAUAAAUGGUGGCUGCGGUUUCCCAGGCACGAGGAAGAAACAGCCUGCGGUGGGAACGUAAUUCAGCUGGCACCUGGGAGUGCGGACAGCUCUACUUACAACGUGGGUACGCCAGAGCCUCGGCUUCCGGUGCAGCCUCAGCUCUGUGGCUGCUCUGUGGGCUGAGGAGAUGGUGUCUUGGAGCUGGGGACUUGAAGCGCUCACUUUGCUCCUUCCUUCAAGAGCUUGAGUGCUAACAAGGCACCAGACACUGUGCCCCAGCCUUCGGGGUUUGCCCGUUUGGGGAUGAACGUGAGGCUACCUUAGCUGGCUAGCCGAAUGCCAGGAUGUUGGGGAGGGGAGGAACCGUGACCCAGCAACUCUCCUCUGCCCUUCGGCUUCUCUUUAAACCUGGGCCUAGAGUGUCGUCUACAGCCGAGUUCUAGGUAAAGCAGGAACCCACCUGAAUAAGUAGUAAUCCUCUGUUUUGAAAACAUCUCCUUCCAAACCUGUUAUUAGUACAUUUAAAAAAUCUGUAUACUGUACAUGUUGUAAAUACAUAUAAUAUAUAAAGUUAUAUAUUUAUAAGAAA